GACAGUGCUCCGUACCUUCUCAGCCGCCGUUCACUUGGCGGCCGCACCACCCCCGCCCGCGAAUCAACGCUUGGGACUAGCAAGGAGCCCGAGGGCGGGAGGACUCCUUACCUUCUGGAUCCGCUUCAGCGCCAUCCUGCCCCGGCUGCUGGGGACAGGGGCGUCCGGCCCGGGGCUGCCAGAGGCGGCCCCCGGCCGGCUCGGCCGCCGCGCUGGGCUUCAAGCUGGGAACGCUUGCCUGCGCGUGCGCGCCGCGGGGCACUAUGGGGCGGCGUUCCGCUUGUGGCGCGUCUCGGCGCGUCCCGGCGCCGGCGAGCGGAGCCGGCCCUGGCGACCCGGAGCGGCCGCGCCGCCGGUUGCCUCUCCCCUGGUCUCUGCCGACCCGCGACCCAACCUCCAGGGUCAGUGAGGGUCUAGGGAGGCUGGCGGAGAGAGGGGCGCUCGUUGGUUUAACAGGGACCCGCCGAGCACCCAGGAGGUACCGCGGCCAUGCCCUCUGACCCACCCCCCCGCCGUGUUCCAUCCCAGGCUGUCACAUACUCCUGACAGUAGUGGUUCUGCUUUGAACUUAAUUCUCUGAGAGGACCUAGAAGCAGUGACACACCAAUGGUGAUGAGAGAAAAAAAAUGGGAGCACAUAGAAGGACACAGGAGCCAACCUGAAAGAGCUCCCAUUGUCACAGCUGGAAAAAUUUGAGCAACAUUUCUGUGGUAUUCUCCAGAAUUUGUAACCUCGGUCUACUUACAAGAUAACAUCAGGCAAACCCAAAUUGAAGGACAUUCUUCGAAAUACCUGACCUGUACUCUUCAAAAAUGUCAAGGUCAUGAAGGGCAAGGAAAGACUGAGGAACUGUCACAGAUUAGAAGAAAGUAAGGAAAUAUGACAACUAAAUGCAAAGUGGAAUCCUGGAUUGAAUUUUGGAAGAAAAAAAGAACAUUAGUGGGAAAAUUGGUAAAGUCUGAGUAAGACACUCAGAUUUGGGAGAAGUGGCCCCAGAAAUAAAAGCAUCUGACAGACGAACAGCUGUGGCCAUUGCAGAUUUGGAAUGGAGAGAAAUGGAAGGAGAUGAUGAUGGUCCGAAUGAGGCUCAGGACAGUGACUUUCCAACAGUGGAGAGGAGCAGACUACAAGAAAUGCUGUCCCUCUUGGGACUAGAGACGUACCAGGCGCAGAAGCUCAGCCUCCAGGACUCCUUGCAGAUCAGCAGUGACAGCGUGAAGAACUGGGCUCCUCACGCUCCCAAAGACUUGCCCUGGAGUUUCCUCAGGAAGCUGCAGGCCCUCAACGCCGAGGCCAGGAACACCACCAUGGUGCUGGACGCGCCCCCGGACGCCAGGCCUGUGGAGAAGGAGAGCCAGGUGGAAGAGGAGACCAUCUACUGGGACACGGCCGACGACAUCUCCGCGGACAUCUAUUCCUUCUCCGAGCUGCCGACGCCCGACACGCCUGUGAACCCCUUGGACCUUCUCUGUGCCCUCCUGCUCUCCUCAGAUAGUUUCCUGCAACAAGAAAUCGUGCUAAAAAUGUCCCUCUGCCAGUUUGCACUCCCUCUCGUUUUGCCCGACCCAGAAAACCACUACCACACGUUUCUGCUGUGGGCCAUGAGGGGGACUGUGCGGACAUGGGGGUCACAGCCCCCGAGGGCGGUGGGCAGCUUCAGAGAAGACAGCAUGGUCCUGUCCCGAGCGCCCGCCUUCGCCUUCGUGCGCAUGGAGGUCAGCAGCAACUCCAAGUCCCAGCUUCUCAACGCCGUGCUCAGCCCUGGCCACAGGCAGCGGGACUGUUUCUGGCAUCGGGAUCUGAACUUGGGCACCAACCCUCGGGAGAUUGCAGACGGGCUGGUGGAAAUUUCCUGGUUCCUUCCCAGUGGCAGGGAGGACUUGGACAUCUUCCCGGAGCCCGUGGCCUUUCUGAACCUGAGAGGUGACAUCGGCUCUCACUGGCUGCAGUUUAAGCUCUUGACCGAAAUCUCCUCGGCCGUGUUCAUCUUGACUGACAACAUCAGUAAGAAGGAAUACAAACUGCUGUACUCCAUGAAGGGGUCGGCCACGAAAUACUACUUCAUCCUGAGCCCCUACCGUGGGAAGCGAAACACGAACCUGAGGUUUCUGAACAGGUUAAUCCCCGUGCUGAAGAUGGACCACUCGCACGUGCUGGUGAAGGUCAGCAGCACGGACAGCGCGGGCUUCGUGCGCAGGGUCCGCGCCAUCGUGGCGCACGUGGCCCGGUCCCCCUGCAGGCGGGUCUCCGUGGAGGACAUGGCGAAUGCGGCCCGCAAGCUGGGGCUGAGGGUCGACGAGGACUGCGCCGAGUGUCAGCGGGCGAAGGGCCGGAUGGAGCAGAUCACCAGGAAGAUCAAGGACUCGGACGCCUACCGCCGGGACGAGCUGCGGCUGCAGGGCGACCCGUGGAGAAAGGCGGCCCAGGUGGAGAAGGAGCUCUGCCAGGUCCAGUGGGCGGGGGACCCUCCUGAGAAGUACAGGGCCGAGCUGAGGCAUCGGCUCCUGGAACUUCGGAUGCAGCAGAACGGCCACAACCCUGCCUGGGGGCUCCAGGAGUUCAUCUCGGGCAUCAGCAGCCCGUCUCCGGGCGAGAAGCAGUACUUCCUGAGGUGGAUGGAGUGGGGACUGGCCCGGGCGGCCCAGCCAAGGCCAAGACCGUCUCCGGAGACGACGCUUACCCUGAGACCAAAGCACUGCGGGGCCGUGGACCUCGGCGAGCCGCUCUGGCCCGAGCCCCUGGGGGUGGAGCAUUUCCUGCGGGAGAUGGGGCAGUUCUACGAGGCGGAGAGCUGCCUCGUGGAGGCCGGGAAGCUGCCGGCGGGGCAGAGGCGGUUCGCCCACUUCCCCGGCUUGGCCUUGGAGCUGCUGCUGCGGGGGCUUCCGCUGGAGCUGAUCGACGGGAACACGCUGAGCACGCCCCUGCGCUGGGUCACGGGGCUCCUGAAGGAGCUGCACGUCCGCCUGGAGAGGCGCUCGCGCCUGGUCGUGCUGUCGGCGCUCGGCGUGCCGGGUACAGGCAAGUCCACCCUCCUCAACGCCAUGUUUGGGCUGCGGUUUGCCACGGGAAGGGGCCGCGGUCCCCGAGGGGCCUUCAUGCAGCUCCUCACGGUGGCCGAGAGCUUCAGCCAGGACCUGGGCUGUGACCACAUCCUGGUGAUAGACUCCGGGGGCCUGAUCGGCGGAGUCCUGACCGAGGCGGGGGAGAGGUUUGAGCAGGAGGCUUCCCUGGCCACUUUGAUUAUGGGGCUGAGCAACGUCACUGUGGUCAGUUUAGCGGAAACGAGGGACAUUCCGCCGGCUAUCCUGCAUGCGUUUCUGAGGCUGGAGAAAACGGGGCACAUGCCCAACUAUCAGUUCGUGUACCAGAGCCUUCAUGACGCGUCCGCCCCCGGCACCAAGCCGAGAGAGAGGAAGCAGCUCCUGGCCCAGCCCAGGGAUGCGAGCAGAGCCACGGUGCAAAUGGAGGAUCAGGGGGGCGGGAUCCGGACGCUGGCCGGCCUGGCCUUUUGUGACCCUGAGAAGCAGCACGUUUGGCACAUCCCUGGCCUGUGGCACGGAGUGCCCCCCAUGGCCGCUGUGAGCUUGGGGUACAGCGAGGCCAUUUUUGAACUGAAGAGGUGCCUGCUGGAGAACAUCCGGAAUGGCCUGUCCAACCAAAACAAAAACGUUCAGCAGCUCAUCGAGCUGGUACGACGGCUGUGACGCCUCGGAAGGAAAGGAGUCCAGCUGCCAGAGGCCCGCCGCGCGCAGCCUGUUCUGAUGCGGGUGUCCACGUGGAGCCGUGCCCAGCUCCUGAGAGGGGAGGAAAGUGACAGACGGGGCUCAGCUCUGGAGCUGCCUACACAGGGUCAGGAGAGGAUGUAACCUCACAGAUCAGCUCAGAGACGCUCCCGGGAGUAUAAGAACCCGGGGGCAGGAGGCGUAGACACAAGCAGUAACUUGUCCUUUGUCUCUGGACUUCGAGGCCCCUGGUGGUUUGGUCUUUUGUACAGCUGCUCCCCAUUGUCUGCCUCUGGAGUGGACAGUGGCUCCGGAGCACUGCGGCCCGGGCAGCUGGUACCUAGGACAGGGUUGGGGAGCCGCCCUGAGGAAGCAGAGGUCGGCCUCCCCUCCAGCGAACCUCAGCAUCGGCCUCGGCGACCUGGUCCUGCCCACUGAGGGGAGGGCCCGCUGUGGGCAAGGGCUACCGUGAUACUCUCUGUGUUGACCGACCCUGCCUCAGGAGGAGUUCCUGUCGGCCCUUUCGCGCCCACAGCGCUUCGUUCACGCCUCUGCUGCAACACUCAACACGCGCAGCGUGACUUACCUGUGCACGUGUCUGCCUCUCCCCUAGACUUGUGAGCUCCUUGAGAGCAGGGGCUGUACACUACCCAACUUUGUACCCCCAGGGCCUGGCGCACUGCAGGCACUUAAUAAAUGUGUGUUGGAUGAAUGAAA